GUGCGCUGCGCUCCUUUGGAUGAGUCCACGACAUGCCUGAUAAGAGACGAGAUGGGCCAGGGCGAUGAGAGUGAUCGCAUCGUGAUCAACGUGGGAGGGACCCGGCACCAGACUUACCGCAGCACCUUGCGCACCUUGCCCGGCACCCGGCUGGCCUGGAUCGCCGAGCCGGAUGCCCACAGUCACUUUGACUAUGACCCCCGCACGGAUGAGUUCUUCUUCGACCGGCACCCGGGGGUCUUUGCUCACAUCUUGAACUACUACCGUACGGGGAAGCUGCACUGCCCGGCAGAUGUGUGUGGACCUCUGUACGAGGAGGAGCUGGCCUUCUGGGGCAUCGAUGAGACCGACGUGGAGCCCUGCUGCUGGAUGACCUACAGGCAGCACCGGGAUGCCGAGGAGGCCCUUGACAGUUUUGGAGGGGCACCUCUGGAUUGCAGCGCCGACGAUGGAGACGCAGAUGGCACUGGUGACUCAGGUGAUGGCGAGGAGGAGUUGGAGAUGACUAAACGCCUGGCGCUGAGUGAUUCCCCAGAUGGAAGGCCCGGGGGCUUCUGGAAGAGGUGGCAGCCCCGUAUCUGGGCACUCUUUGAGGAUCCGUAUUCCUCCAGAUACGCAAGGUAUAUUGCAUUUGCCUCCCUGUUCUUCAUUCUGGUUUCCAUCACUACCUUUUGCCUCGAGACUCACGAGAGAUUUAACCCCAUUGUUAACAAGACAGAGACGGAAACUGUUGGGAACAGCACCCAGGUGCGCUUCUAUCUGGAAGCAGAGACGGAGGCUUUUCUGACCUACAUUGAAGGAGUCUGUGUCGUCUGGUUUACCUUUGAGUUCCUGAUGAGGGUUAUUUUCUGCCCAAACAAGAUGGAAUUUAUCAAAAAUACCUUGAACAUCAUCGACUUUGUGGCCAUUCUGCCUUUCUACCUGGAGGUUGGACUCAGUGGCCUGUCUUCCAAAGCUGCGAAGGAUGUCUUGGGCUUCCUGCGAGUUGUCCGGUUUGUUCGGAUCCUGCGAAUUUUCAAGCUGACCCGCCACUUUGUAGGGCUGCGGGUUUUGGGACAUACCCUUCGUGCCAGCACAAACGAAUUCCUGCUGCUCAUCAUCUUCUUGGCAUUGGGCGUCUUGAUCUUUGCCACGAUGAUUUACUACGCUGAGCGAAUAGGUGCUAAACCCAAUGAUCCUAGUGCCAGCGAACACACACACUUUAAAAAUAUCCCCAUUGGCUUCUGGUGGGCUGUGGUCACCAUGACUACCCUGGGCUAUGGAGACAUGUACCCUCAGACUUGGUCAGGCAUGCUGGUGGGGGCCCUCUGCGCUCUUGCAGGUGUGCUGACCAUCGCCAUGCCUGUGCCCGUCAUUGUGAACAAUUUUGGAAUGUAUUACUCCUUAGCUAUGGCUAAGCAGAAGCUACCAAAGAAAAAAAAGAAACAUAUCCCACGGCCGCCCCAGCUGGGAUCCCCCAAUUAUUGUAAAUCUGUCAUAAACUCGCCACACCACAGUACUCAGAGCGACACAUGCCCGCUUGCCCAAGAAGAAAUGUUAGAAAUGAACAGAGCAGAUCCGAAACUGAAUGGGGAGGUGGCCACGGCGGCGCUGGCAAAUGAAGACUGUCCCCACAUAGACCAGGCUAUGUCACCUGAUGAGGGGCUGCCCUUUACCCGUUCUGGCACUCGGGAGAGAUAUGGACCUUGCUUCCUCUUAUCAACCGGGGAAUAUCCCUGCCCGCCUGAUGGAGGAAUAAGAAAGGCACUCAAGUUAAAACUCCAGCACAAGCAGCAGCAUAAAUGAAUGGAAUGGCCACCACCCAUGAAGAGGGAAUCUUUGCAAAGAAAGGCCUGUCAUUGCUAAAUAUAUGCCAACAGAGGCAGUCAAAGUGACUUGACAUGGAGAGAAGGAGAUGGACAUUGAUGGCUUAUAAACAUCUGGGUGGAACUGUGCAGGCAUAGAAGACCUCCUCAUUUGGACAAAGUAAACUCACUCCAUGCAAGUUUGCAGGAUGAUUCUGUGUGGUUUCAGAGAUAUAAGUAGAGAUGCAGGCUUUUUCUAUGGCCAAAAUGUAACAAAUGGUAGAAUAUUUUUUUGUUGUUCCAUAGCAUGAAUUGCAUGAAGAAGAAGAAAAACAAAAAACUCUGCAAUUGUAUGAGUAACUUUAAAGGGAGGGGGGAAAGGUAAAGUGAUAUAUUUUCUUUCAAAGCUCUUUACUUUUACAUACAUUGUAGUAGCCAAAAUGUAAAUGUUCUAAAAAAUGUACAUUCCUUUGCUAUUGAUUGCUUCUUUUUGUAUACAAGAGA